AUGCUGAAAGCUCAACUCCAACAGAGAGAGAGAGAGAGCAAGAGAGAGAGAGAAAGAGAGAGCAAGCAUUAUCAGAGUGGGAGAGUGUUUUACCACUGUUGACUGUCAGCAGUGUUACUGCUCCUUUGAGCUUUUGGCAACUCUACUCGUCCGCUCCACACACGGUGGCAACACGCUGACUGAACCUCCUCCACUUCAGCUCAAACUCCACUUCAGUGGAAUACUUCAACAGGACGGCUGCUUAUCUGCCUUUUCUCUGGUGGCUUCAAGAGAUUUUCAAAAAGUUCAAUUGUUUUUCCCCCCAUCUCUCAUGGACCAGUUUUAACCCAGAAUAAAAGGACUUUUUUCCCUCCUACAUCUGCAGUUCAGAUGUGUGGAACGUGCUUAAAAUUCUACAGGAUGUACAAGUUGCGGUAUGUGCACGACUUUCAGGAUGCCUGAAGGAGAGAUGAAACAGAAUUGAUACUGUUGUUCGAGAUUUGGAAAUACGGUGGUAUAAAAUGAAAGAUUAAAUACAACAUCGUCAUGGUAUCACAGGUUUAGACAUUUCCAGCACCUAGCUAUGUCUCUUUGCUUGUUUCUGAUAUUCAGUUUGAAAAAUUGCAUGUCUUGAUCUCUGAAUACUGCAACAUGGCAACUCUGAUGAGCAGCACUCUACCAACUGAUGUGAACAGCAGUCUACCAACCAAUGCAACUCUGAUAGGGGGUGAAGAACAUGAGUUGAAGUCUUUGGAGCUAGUUAUCAUGGUGGUGAUCAUCAUCAUCAUUAUCAUUGUGGGUAACCUUCUGGUCAUCAUCGCUAUCGCGUGCACCUCCCAGCUGCAGACCACGACGAAUAUCUUCAUCAUGUCAUUGGCAUGUGCUGACCUCAUAAUGGGGGUGCUGGUGGUGCCACUGGGUGCCACAAUAGUCAUAACGGGGAAAUGGCAACUCACCAAGACUUUGUGCGAGUUAUGGACAUCGGUUGAUGUGUUAUGUGUCACUGCCAGUAUAGAGACCCUUUGCACCAUCGCAGUGGAUCGGUACAUUGCAAUCACACGGCCACUGCGGCAUAAAGUGCUCCUGAAUAAGUGUAGGGCUCGAAUUAUUGUUUGUGUCGUGUGGCUGGUCUCAUCUCUAAUCUCCUUCGUCCCCAUUAUGAAUCAGUACUGGCGUGUGGAGCAUGACAAUGAUACAAACUUGAUAGAAUGUAACAAGGACCCCAAUUGUUGUGACUUUGUAGCAAAUAAGCCCUUUGUUAUAAUUUCAUCAGUGGUUUCAUUCUACAUCCCACUACUCAUCAUGAUUUUCAUCUAUGCACGCGUCUUUCUCAUUGCCUCACGACAGGUACAGCUAAUCGUCAAAAACCGUUUGAGGUUCCAAAAUGAGUGCAUAGGAAAUCAGGUACAGCUGACGCACCACGGCAACAACAACUUGCCUUCGACAUGCAAUAACAUCGGAGGAACGACGGCAAGGCGGAAAAGUUCUCGAAGGCGACCAUCGAGAAUAACCGUCAUCAAGGAGCACAAGGCCCUUAAGACACUGGGCAUCAUCAUGGGUGUCUUUACACUCUGCUGGCUGCCUUUCUUUGUGGCGAACAUCAUCAAUGUCUUCUAUCGAAGUGUGCCGGAAAGGAAAAUUUUUCGUUUAUUAAACUGGUUAGGCUACAUCAACUCCGGCCUCAAUCCCAUCAUCUACUGUCGAAGCCCAGAGUUUCGUGUUGCCUUCAAGAACCUUCUUGGCUGUCCCUGGUUGCCCUCUCUAAAAAUGAACUUCCUUUUCAAAGGGCUUCGGACUCGAUGCCCCUGCUUCCUGGGGUCUGCGGAGCCAGGAAUGCCUGGAACAUUCCAGAAGUCCCCCACAUUGCCUGAAGAAGGGAGCAGCCAGAGCAGCUACAGGAGCGAGGAGGCAUUGCCGGGACUGCCACACUCCAAUGGCAGUACCUUCUUCAGUGAAUUCUCCAAAGCCGAGGCAGAGUUCUGUAAACUACAGGGGCAGGAUUGCUGAAAGUUUCUAGCAUGGCUGAAAGAAAAGGACGCUGAUGAAGAAACAGACAAAAGGACUGACCUACAUCACAGCUGGCUGGACUUCACCAGCAGAGACCACAAGGGCCCAGCAAAACAUCCAUGAAGCCAUCAGGGGAACCAGCUCCAAAAAUGAAAGACAAAAGAGUGAAAAGAUAUAACCACAGAGAGACGAGCGCUGAGAGAAAUUACUCAGAAACAGCCCAUCUAUGGAGAGAACGACUGAACUGGUACUGCUCAUGGAGGAGUGUAAUACAGAGGAACCGAAACUGCUUACGUUCUAUCAAGCUGCGGAGUUCUGGCGCGAUCCACUUCAGCCAAGUUCAGUCUGGUUUGUUUGGCAAAAAACGAACCAGACCUGUAGGUCCUCCAACAUGUGUUUCAGUGCCACAGUAUGUUCUCAGAAUGGACUUCUUUAAAUACAUGGACACAACAACUCUGAAUAGACUCUUUAAGCACAGUGUUUUUUAAAAUAUGAAAAGUUUAGAUUUUGUACAGUAUCAUACACUAAAUUAUUAUUAUUAUUUAUUUUACUCCCCACAUUUUAGCUGUGAAUGUUUAAAUGCUUGCAACAUGAAUAUCUCUGUGUUGUACAGGUUAACACUUUAGCAGUCCACUGAUUUUUCCCCCCAGUGCAGCCAACUCAAUAUAAGCUACAAGAUUUCCCGCUCAAAAAUCCAUUUCCACAUGUGAACGGCUUUAGCAAUUUAAAUGGGAGCGUUCAAAUUUGGUUGCUGUGCAAUUGAGUGUAAACUGUGUAAAAUUGAAAACAGACAAUGAGAGGAAGACCAAUUAUUCGCUCACUCAAAAAAAAAAAAAAAAAAGAAGAAAAAAAAGGAUGCACUGAUAUUACAAUUUUGGUCGAUACCAAUAAUUAUUUUCAUGGUACAGCCGAUGAACAAUGAAUAUAGCUGAUGUUGAAAUUCCAGACUAAUUUGUUUUAAGAAAUACAUUUGCUAAAGAAUACAGUUAUUAUUAUUAUUAAUUACUAUCAUUUCAUUUUCUUUCAAUAAAAAAAUAAAUAAAAAGAUUAAAGUGCAAUUAACAGUGAUUAUAUAAUCUAGAAUAUGAACUUAAAGUGUCAGAUGAUACAAAGGUAAUCAAGUAUACACAAUUCCACUGAAAACAAUUUUCACACAGAAAUUGCUAGUAAAUUUCACAGUUAAUUAAAAAGAAACGGCAAUUAAACAUGAAAUUCUGACAUAGAAAAACUGAAAUUUUCUUAAAUUUGAAAUAUUUUAUUGUAAAAUGCACUCUAGUAAUCUGUUUUAUUUAAAUGUUUAAUUUUGAAAUAUCAAUUUUUACAGUGUAUAUAUCCAAUAUUAAGGUGUACCAAUAAAUAAAGAAAAAUAUCUAAUAUUAUCCAAUAACUAUAUACUGUAUCAUGCAGCCCUAUUCAAAAAAUGAUCUUUUACUUUGACAUUCAUCAGAUUUAUCUGUUUUGCUGGCUCAUGUUCAAUGCUGCUAUUUUUUUUAUUAUCAAUAUUUUUUUUUCUAGUUUCUUGUAAAUUCAAAGAAAGCUUUACACUCCUCCAACCAUUGCAAUUUACAGGACUCUACGCACAAUUUAUUAAAAUUUUAUUAUAGGCCUACAACAUAAGCAAGCACCUGAACCUCAUAUUCUAGAAUAUAUUUUUGACAUAGGAGCGGAGAGGGAACGCAUUCUCCAAUGUGUUCUAUAAUAUGACUUCCUAUGCUUAAUGUGAUACUUGCCAAAAAGAAAAAAAAAAAAAAUGUAGUUUUGAAAUUUUUCCAGACUGCACUGAUCACAAUGCCAUCUCAUAAGUUGAAACAGACCACUUCCUCUUUCACUGAAUUUCCUCUGUAACAGCUUGAAUUACUGUCUAU